AUGACGGCAGAUACACCGGAUAUCCAAGCCCCAUCGAUUCCUUCCUCACGAUUUACUCGACGCUUUAUCGAGCUCAUGCAGCCAAAGGCGCGUACCUCUGCAUCUCCCGCUCCUGCCAGCGAUCUGCAAGUUGCCUUGGUCAGCACUUCAUCUAUCUCGGACACACUGGCUGCCGCGACCUUAGAUGAAGAUUCAACGGUGAAUGAAACCGAAAACGAAAGGAACAGUUCCAUUCUCUCGACGUUUACCUCAUUCAUAAAUCUCCCGGUCGAGAUUCGAAACCAGAUAUGGAGAGAAUACAUCGAGGACAAUCCCCGUGUCAUCCGUCUCGCACGAACGUCAAAUCCACCUGCUAUCUUCUGUCAGAUCAACCAAAAAUUUCGAGCAGAAAGGGAAUUGUAUGGAUAUGUCGACCUCAAGCGACAGACACAGGACGGAAAAGAGCUCACCACCAUCUUUCACCCAGAAGUCGAUCUUCUCUAUCUCCCAGCAGCUCGCAGCAUUCAAGUCGCUCACGCUGGUCUGAGACAGGCAGACAGUGGAAUAUAUAGGGACACAAUCAUGUCGAUUUUGGGGGCUUCUGACGCUUUGUUGAGGAUCAGAAAUAUUGCAUAUCCUGGACCGUUGUUUUACAGUCCGGAAGCCUUCGUUCUCCCACUCCCGAAUCUCGAGACCUUCUUCAUAAUUCUGUGGGAAAGUCCCCAGAGGCGUAAGGGUUACAGAUGGCAGCUAAGUCAACGUUUUGACGACAGACCACAAGUGCAACAUCUUCAACGCCUCGUUUCAGCAGAUUCGCCAAAUGCGAGGGUCUUAAUAUGUCUGAAUAGAGUAUGGGAGGAGGACCCUUGA